AUUCAAUGCAGAGCAAAAGCCCCGCCCUUGCAAGGCAAAGAGAGUUGUUAAAAAGAAAAAAGGACAGAGUGACUCAGUGAGUUAAGUCAAUAAUGGAGGGCGAGCCGACUCGGGUGAUGAUUGCAGUGAACGAGUCAACAAUCAAAGGUUAUCCACAUCCUUCGAUUAGCAGCAAAGGAGCUUUCGAGUGGACUCUUAAGAAGAUAAUUCGCUCUAACACUGCUGGUUUCAAGAUUCUCUUCCUCCAUGUUCAAGUCCCUGAUGAAGACGGUUUUGAUGAUAUGGAUAGCAUUUACGCAUCUCCUGAUGAUUUUAAAAGCAUGAAUAAGAGGGACAGGGUGAGAGGACUUCAUCUGCUGGAGUACUUUGUGACUAGAUGUCAUCAGAUUGGGGUUGCUUGUGAAGCAUGGAUCAAGAGAGGUGAUCCAAAGGAAAUAAUCUGCCAUGAGGUGAAACGAGUGCAGCCAGAUUUCCUGGUUGUUGGAAGUCGCGGUCUUGGUCCUUUCCAAAGGGUUUUUGUUGGAACUGUGAGUGAAUUUUGCCAGAAGCAUGCAGAAUGCCCUGUUAUCUCAAUCAAACGUAAAGCUGAAGAAACUCCUCAGGAUCCUGUUGAUGACUGACUUCCUCAUGCUCAGCCGGAUUAUUUUCACUGUGUUGAUAAACUAAGAACACUAGAAAUGUAUUUGGAGUUAAGGGCAUUUGUUUUAUGAUAUUUGCCUGCAGAUGCACACUAUUGCGUCUAUAUAAAUAUGAAAUUAGUAACCUUUCGCUAUUUGCUGGAAAUAUAUUGCUUCCAUCGUUCGUCUCGGCGCAGUCUUGAGCCUCGUUUGUGAAGCUGACUGGCAUUACAAUCUUAA